AUGACCAUGAACGGCCAUCAACAGGGUUUCGGCCCCUUUCAUGGACAGCCGCCUAUACCACCCCGGCCAGCGGGCGUCGUUCCGCCGCCGAAUGCAAAGAACCAGACCAUGUUUCAGGGCUUCGAGUGGUACGUCCCGGCCGACCACCAGCACUGGCGCCGCCUGGAGAAGGUGCUGCCCAGUCUCGCGGCCCUCGGCGUCACGAGCAUGUGGAUCCCCCCGGCCUGCAAGGCCAGCUGGUACACGGGCAACGGCUACGAUAUUUACGAUCUGUACGAUCUGGGCGAGUUCGACCAGAAGGGCUCCCGGCACACCAAGUGGGGUACCAAGGAGGAGCUCGUCGCAAUGACCGAGAACGCCGGGCGGUACGGGAUCCGCAUCCUGUUCGACGCGGUACUGAACCACAAGGCGGCUGCGGACUAUAGUGAGGAGGUUGUGGCCACCAAGUACGUCGGUGAAGAUCGAACCCAGGUCUGCGAGGAGUCGUGUGUGAUCGAGGCCUGGUCUGGAUAUGAGUUUCCUGGACGGGGUUCUGCGUACAGUCCCUUGAAGUGGAACAAGGAACACUUUACUGGGAUCGACUAUGACCACAAGACGCAUUCCAAGGGCGUUUGGAAGUUCGAAGGCAAGGAGUGGGCACAGGAUGUCGACGAGGAGCUCGGCAGCUAUGACUACCUGAUGUUUGCUGAUGUGGAUCACAACCACCCGGCGGUCCGCCAAGACUUAUUCUAUUGGGUAACGUGGCUCGCCUCCCAGGUCAGGCUAGGUGGUCUGCGCCUGGAUGCCGUCAAACACUAUUCGGCAAGCUUUUUGCGAGAUUUGGUUCACCAUAUCGACCGAACCGUCGGACGGGACUGGUUCAUUGUUGGGGAGUACUGGCGGGACGACUCGAAUGUGCUAUCCAAGUUCAUCAGCUUCAUGGGAGACCGAAUCUCACUCUUUGACGUGAGACUUGUCAACAACUUCUCGAGGCUGUCAUUUCAGGACAAAGCAGACCUACGAACAGUCUUUGAUGGCUCUCUGGCUUCCAUCCGGCCCAGACACGCUGUGACUUUCGUUGCGAAUCAUGACACGAUGGAAGGACAGUCGCUGGCAGCUCCUAUUGCGGAGUAUUUCCUGCCCCUGGCAUAUGCCUUCAUCCUCCUCCGGGCGGACUGUGGCAUCCCAUGUGUGUUCUACGGCCACCUCUACGGUUACCCUCGACCGGAUGGGAAGGGCUUCGUUGAGCCACCUUUUGGGGGUAAGCUUCUCCCUAAGAUCGUCCAGGCACGCAAAUUGUAUGCGUUUGGACCUCAAAUCGACUACUUCGACCAUCCUCAUUCCGUGGGCUUCUCAAGACUUGGCUAUCCCCAAUAUGGUACCCCCGGCAUGGCUGUAGUCGUGACCAAUGGUUGGACUCAUACGACGAAAACGAUGUUUGUCGGCCCGGAGCACGCCGGCGAGAGAUGGACGGACAUCCUGGGUGGUUGCUGGGGCGAGAUCGUGAUUGACCGCGAGGGCUGGGGUGUCUUUGCAGCUUCGCCGAGAAGUGUGGCCGUGUGGGUGAACAGACAAGCUCCGAGACGUGAUGAGAUUGACUGCUUUUCGUUUGACUGCAACAUCUACAACCGAGAAAUUCACGACACUCCGGUGACGGCGAACGAGCUACACAAACCAAGACUAGAGACAGAGCCUGUCUGGAUGAGCGCGAUGGGUCUUUAG